AUGCAUUACCUUUUAUUAUGCGUGGCUCUUGCAGUUGAAUUUGGAUCCAUUUACUCAAGUUUGAUAAAUGAGGCUAAGGCAUCGAACGUUUCGAAGUGGAAAAGUCCUCAUUUCUGCAAAGUUUUAUCAAAGUACAUGAAUUACGAAGAUGCUUAUAAGAAGGUCUUCCAAGAAAUUACACAAUAUAGUUUGAUUCGUAAGAUUCAUGCUCACGUUGACGAAUUGCCGGUGAAACUAAUACAAUUCAACAGAAAAAGUCUCUUGGAAAAUAUGAAACGGGAUGGCUUUAGCGGUACUGAGAUCCAGUCGUAUGCACUGAUGUUCUAUCAUAAUGUUGGUGAAUUGUAUAAGAUGUUACCUGGUGAAAUAUCUUUUGAAACAGUUGAUCAAUACAUGCAAGAACUAAUGAUAUUCUUCUUGACAUCUGGAUCAAAAGAUGAGAUCCCGCAGUAUACAGCUGCUGAUUUGAGGCUAUGCUUUAGGUCGAAUAACCCAGUUCCUUCCUCAGUCAACAUUUUCAGAGAUAAAUCUGUGGAAUGGUUUGAAACUUUCAGUCCGGGCCUCAUUCAAUAUCUAAAUCUUCGUCGAAUGUUGGAGUUGACAGAAGCAGCUUUGGACUCUGGACCAAGCAAGUCAUGUCUAGAAGGAAUGAAAGAACUUAGUGCUGCAUGUGAGAACACCAAUAUGUGUUAUGCGCUUAGCAGUGAACAACAGUGUGCACUCCAUGUUAUAGUUACUGCUUAA